AUGCUGCGGCGGGUGGCGUCGGGCCUCGCGCGGGGCCGGGGGGCGGGCGUGGGCGCGCGUGCUGUCGCGGGUUCGAGACGUGGGGCCUCCGACGUCCCCCGGAACCAGCCCCCCAGCUCUGAGCUGGUGGCCCGGCCGGUGGGCGUGUGCUCCAUGAUGCGCCUGCCCGUGCAGGCCUCACCCGAGGGGCUGGACGCCGCCUUCGUCGGCGUGCCUCUGGACAUCGGAACCUCCAACCGGCCCGGGGCUAGAUUUGGACCUCGACGCAUCCGGGAGGAAUCCGUGUUGCUGAAAGCUGUCAACCCAAGUACUGGGGCCCUCCCCUUCCAGUCCCUCAGGGUCGCGGACCUAGGUGAUGUGAACGUCAAUCUUUAUAACCUGCAGGACAGCUGUCGGCUAAUUCAAGAGGCCUAUCAGAAAAUCAUAGGAGUGGGCUGCGUGCCUCUGACCUUGGGUGGCGAUCACACAAUCACAUACCCUAUAUUGCAAGCAGUGGCAAAAAAACACGGCCCUGUGGGGCUGCUGCACGUGGAUGCCCACACGGACACAGCUGACAAGGCCCUGGGAGAGAAGCUCUAUCAUGGGUCGCCCUUCCGUCGCUGUGUGGACGAGGGACUUCUGGACUGUAAGCGAGUGGUACAGAUUGGCAUCCGGGGCUCUGCCAUGACCUUGGAUCCUUACAGAUACAACCGGAGCCAGGGCUUCCGGGUGGUCCUGGCUGAGGACUGCUGGAUGAAGUCACUGGUCCCUCUGAUGGCAGAGGUCAGGCAGCAGAUUGGAGGCAAGCCUCUGUACAUCAGCUUUGACGUAGAUGCCUUGGACCCUGCCUAUGCCCCAGGGACGGGAACACCUGAAAUUGCUGGUCUCACUCCUAGUCAGGCUCUGGAGAUCAUCCGGGGCUGUCAAGGCCUGAAUGUGGUGGGCUGUGACCUUGUGGAAGUUUCACCGCAGUAUGAUCCUUCUGGAAACACAGCACUCCUGGCGGCUAACCUGCUGUUUGAGAUGCUGUGUGUUCUCCCCAAAGUGACAACUGCCUGAGUCUGUGCUCUUCGAGACAAAACAGACUGCAUUGCUGAUAAAUUCCCAAGAAUUUAUGAGC